UGUGUCAGGUGUUUAUGUAGGACACAAUCUCCCAUGACACUGAAAGGAAAAGCUUUCAUAACAUAACAGACACAAAGUAGAUUAUUUAAAUGCAACAUUUUAUUCAACCUUAUAAAUCUACAAUGGCUUAAAAAGUUAAAACAGUUCAAGAGAUGACAUAUUUAUUGAAAUGACCAUAUCUGUUUGUAGUAUUUAACAAGCAGAUAAUUAUAUGAAUGUAUAAUUUUGCUAAUGUAUUAAGUCUGAGUGAUGAGUGUCUCUUUUCUGAAUCUUUCUACACUAUGUCACAAGAAAUUAUAGAGUCAGCAGUCUGUAUAAGUUUACAGUAGUGCAAUGGUUCUCAACCAGAGGUCCAGGACCACCAGAGGGCCUCAGCAAACUACCAAAAUGGGCUGCACGAUCACUAAACACAAUUUAAUAAAAAGUUAAAAGCUGAAAAUAAGCAGCUUUGUCAUUUCAUCAGAACCAGAGGAAGGAUCUUUGAUAUUGUCUUAGACAACGGGGCCUUGAGAACCACUGCAACAGAGAACAUGCACAUAGCCUUUCAGUAACAAUUUUAUAUGUGUUACCUACCUAAUGUUACAUUCUCUAGGAUUUUAAUGGGGACCUAUUAUGCUCCUUUUCACGAGAUGUAAUAUAAGUCUCUGGUGUCCCCAGAAUGUGUCUGUGAAGUUUCAGCUCAAAAUACCCCACAGAUCAUUUAUUAUAGCUUUUUGUGUGUGUCCCUUUAAAUGCAAAUGAGCUGCUGAGGGGGAGAAGUACAUUAACAUAUUCUCCUCAAUGCAUGUUUAAGCAAUACCUAGAUUGUACAUUAGGAUACUUUAAUAUCUCUAUUAAGUACAUUACCAUUCAGUUCAGUUUAUAAGCUCUCAGAUGAGACCAAACAUGACAUAGUUACAUGUUAGAAAACACUAGUAGAUAAAUAGUAUGUAGUUGAAAGCAUAUAUGUCAUGUGAAGCAAAUGGUACAGAUGUGUCAUUGAAGUGUAAACGACUCUGUCUCUCCAGACAGAACCAUCCUGUACCUGGAAUGUCCCAACAGUCCUCAGUCAGCAUAUUGAUGAAUCCCUCACACUAGAUAGACAUUAGCAUACUGUGAUGAUGAAGGCCAUUGUGCCACGUUUAAUUCACAUGUAUACCUUUAAAAGGAUUUCUGAAGUAUAGGGCAGGUGAUCAGUGAUCAUGAAUAUUUCAAUAUACAAAUAACAUUUCCUUCGAUUCCUCCAUCCUCGUUUUAUUUCCUUGCAUCCUUCACUCACAUCCUGCAGGGGGUGGAGCUGAGAUGCGAGGAAAGGAAACAAGGAUGCACAAAUAAUAAUUGAGAAGCACUAACUAUGUUGAGAUGAUUUCUUAGGAAUAGCACAGACGAAUAUCAUCAUAAUUAGUCAAAUUUGAUAAUGUAUUGAAACAGGAGGAAGAUACAGUAUUUUUGUCAUGUAUUUUGCAAUGCAAAUUUGUAUGGAACAACAGCACAACUAAUGACAAAUAUGGCAUUGUGUCAGUAUAACUAUAUCCAUGUUCUGGUUUGAGGUUAUUGAAGUGCUUGUGCUCCACAGAACAGCUGUAAAUGUCUCUGUCUUCUGGAAUGAAACUCAGACGGGAAUAUACAUUCAGUGUCCCAUCUUUGUUGGGGUAAUAUCUACUGACUAUUGAUCCAUCUGUCACAUUCACAUUGUUCUUAAUCUAAAGACUUUGACCGGUGAAGGGACGAAUCCAGAAAGAAGACAAUCAGGGUAUUAUUGGCAUAUUAUUAAUUUCACAUAGUUUCUGUGAUAAACUGAAGUCCAGGGAUUCUAAAAGAUAUAAAAACCUAAUUUAAUCCCAAUUCUCUGUAUUUGUACCAAAAUGUUUGCAUGUUUCAGAAACUUCUUAUUGAAUUGAAAAGUUAAAAUAUUUAUAUAAAAUUAGUUUUAGAUAGAGUUGAGUAAAAAAUUACAAAAAGUUACCAAUACACUGAAUUGGAGCAUACAAUACAACAUCAGUGGGGUUAUGCAGGGGAAAUCUAAGCUAAAUAUAGCAUAUACAGUGUCAGAUAAUAUGAAAACUAGUUUUGCCUUUUCUAAGUCCAUGUAUGCAGCACGCUGUAUUCAAAGUCACAACUACACAUAGCGGCAGGACUUCACAAAUGCAGUACAAUCUUGUGGUACAUUUGGCAGUGUUUUUGUCUGUUUUAUAUAAAGCAGUACAGGGAAAUUAUGGAUAUGUCCGAAUUCGCUGUCGAGUACCUGACUCUCAACAAAACAUUGAAUUUAUCUUCUCGGUCAACUUCAACAUGAUUGAAUAUUUGAGAUACAACAGCACUGAGGAUAAGGCUGUUGGUUACACUGAAUUUGGAGAGAAACUGGCAGAAGACUAUAAUAAAAACAAGAUUUUACGUGCACAACCAGAAUUUGUGCUGAAUCAAUGCAAAAAAUUUGGAGAAUUAAUUAUUCUUAAUGUAGGGUUGACAGUACCACCAGAAGUCAUUAUCCGGUUGGACAGGGAAGCUAAUGGGAAUCAGAAAGCUGUUCUGGUGUGCAGUGCUUAUGACUUCUACCCCAAACCCAUCAAGCUGACAUGGAUAAGAGAUGAUACAGAGGUGACAGCGGAUGUGACCUCCACUGAGGAGCUGGCUGAUGGAGACUGGUUCUACCAGAUUCACUCCUACCUGGAAUACUUUCCCAAACCUGGAGAGAAGAUCUCCUGUGUGGUGGAGCACGCCAGCUCUCACAGACCCAUGAUCUAUCACUGGGAUCCUUCUCUAUCUGAGUCUGAACGGUCUAAGAUAAUUCUUGGGGCUGUGGGGCUGGUGAUGGGGGUCGUGAUGGCAGCCGGAGGACUGAUCUACUAUAAAAGAAAACACACAGGCUUUUAUAGACUUCCAGUUUGUUUACUUCCACUGCAAACAAUGGACGGUGCUGAACAGCAGUAAGUCACAACAUCUGGAACUGCAACAUCUCGAGAGAACCAUCAUGAGGACAACAAUCAGGCAUCAGUCACCUGUGCCACAUCUUCCGAUUGUCCAUAUAAUCUUGUUUAAUAAGCAGUCAAUUAAAUAAACUCUUCACUGUCACC